AUGAAAAUGGUGCCAUCUAAGAUGUUGCUGCAACCAAGCGCUGUGCUUUUAUUGAAGAAGAACUUCCGUUUCUAUAUACAGGGUUUGCUGACAUCUGUAACGUUAGCAUCGAUAGUUGUCUGUUUCAAUUUAAUAUCACAAUUUACGACUAAUAGAUGGCAAAAUUUCUUAACCACAACAUUUAUAUGGCUAAUCGCUCACGUCAUGGAUGGUGUUAUCAUUAUUUCAUUCAACAAACCAUUUCGUAUUUUGUUCUGGCGCCCAUGUUCCGUACUCAAGCAAAAGAAGAACACCCGUUCAGGGCCCAUGUUUCCUUCAACGUAG